AUGGAAGCUAUUGUUUUAAAUCAAACAUUAAGUCAAAAUGAAAUGUAUGCUAAACUAGAUGAUUGGGCAAAUUCUUUAGGAAAAGUUUUUAACUCUUUAUAUUUAUCAUACAAAAAUGCAUUUUUAGAGGCAAAAAAAGAACUUAAAGAAAAACAUAAUCUAAUGUUACAAUCUGAAACAGAUGAAAAUUAUAAAAAAGUUGAUCAAGAAAUUCAAUCUAUUGCUGAUGACUAUGAUAUGCCAAUUGGUAAAGUUAGAAGUGAAAUAAACAAAAUAAUCAGUAAUCAAACUGAAGAAAUGAAACAAAAACUGAAAGAAAAAUCUCCUUAUUAA